UCGCCUGUUCAAGGUCCACUGCCGGUCAAGUUCCCGCUUCCAGAUCCCAGAAACCCCUUGUCUCUCAAGCCGGGAUCUCUCAAUUUCGACUCUUCAAAGUCUGCCCUGGUCAAGACUGAGAGUGUUUCUGCAGCGAUAGCCGGGGCUAGAGCUGCCGCGACUCAGUAUUCGAGGAAGGGUAGUACUGCUGCCACUAGCAGUGAGAUUCAAACUCGAGGGAAAUCGAGGGAGAAUCAUGCCGAUGGCAGUUCAGGGAGUGGGGCUCUGCCGUCUGUUGUCCAGAACAGUCAAUCGCAUCUGCAAAACCAGGAUCCAUCGCCUGUUGUCCACAACAGUCCAUUGCAUUUGGUAAUCCAGAAUCCAUCGCCUGUUGUCCAGAACAGUCCAUCAUACUCGCAAACUCGGAAUCCUCAGUAUAUUGCUCAGAGCAGUCCAUCCUACUCGCAAACUCGGAAUUCUCAGUAUAUGGUUCAGAGCAGUCCAUCCUAUUCGCCAACUCAGAAUCCUCGGUAUAUGGCUCAGAGCAGUCCAUCCUAUUCGCGGAACCAGAGUCAAUCGUCCAAUAUCCAGAGCACUCCAUUCUAUUUCCAUGACCAGAAUCAAUCGUCCAAUGUCCACAGCAAUCCAUCCCAUUUCCAUUAUCAGAAUCAAUCUUCCACUGUCCACAACAGUCCAUCCUAUUCUCAUAAUCAGAACCCAUCGCCCAAUGUCCAGAACGGUCCAUCGUACUCGCAAAACCAUAACCCUUCUCCUGUUGCCCAGAACAGUCCAUUGUUUUUGCAACACCAGAACGCCGAGCCUCGGAGAAGUCCCAGACUACAGGGUGGAGCUCCCCACAGGCUCGUUGCAGCAGCGCUGAGAGACUUGAAGCAGUCAAGCUUGCGCGAGAGCGGGGAGCAAUCAUCAGCUCCCAGAAGCUGGCCUGAAUAAUUUGGGAACCAUCGUCAUCUGCCUGCUUCUGUGCGACGAUACCAGCUCCUUAAUUGUGUAGAGUACAAUGUAGCAUUUGCUCAUACGUUUCUGACUGAUGAUAGCAUAGCAUGAUAGUGUGGCUGUGAUAGUGCUGGCACGAUGUAUCGGGCGCAGCGCCAUGCCGUGCCCUGCGAGGUUUCCCUGCCGUUGCAGGGUAUGCGUGUAUCUUGUCAUCAUGUAACAUACAAACUUAGGUUUGGUUUGAAAUACUCCAGUGCUUAGACUAGUUGGUGGUUGGAUGUGUAUCUCAUACAUUGACAGUUAUGGGACGAUCUACCAUUGUGACGUUUGGGCCCAAAGUGCAUGGGAAUGUGAAGCAGUAAUAUUGUGCUGCACAUUAUAUAUGGGUGUGUUUGUUUCA